GGAGAGGGAGGGGGGGAGCUUCGUCAGGAGGCGAUGGCGGUACCGCCGUGACAUCACCCCGCGGCUUAUAUAGUUGGGGAAGGGUCUGGGUCCCCCGUCUGGUGCCGGCAGCCGCCCGUCAGCACGCGUGCGGAGGGCGAGGAGCGGCGGGGCUCUGUCUGUCUCUGUCUCUCUGUCUCUGUCUCUCUCUCCGUCUCUCCCUAGGAUUUAUGGACUUUACUUUCUAGAGGGCGGCGCGGCAAGGAUGAGAGUCCAGCUGGUGUGCGUGGUGCUGCUGGCCCUGGCCUCCUGCAGCCUCUGCUCAGAUUCAGAAGAGGAAAUGAAAGCAUUAGAAGCAGAUUUAUUGACCAAUAUGUACACAUCAAAGAUUAACAGAGCAAAACUUCCUUACUGGAAAAUGACCCUGCUAAAUGUCUGCAAUCUUGUCAACAACAUAAACAACCAAAUGGGGGAAACAGUAGAGGUAGAUGAGGAGGAUCUGGUUCCAGGAAGACAGUUCCCUGCUGCUCUGGAUGGCUUCAGCUUGGAAGCAAUGCUGACAGUAUAUCAACUCCAAAAAGUUUGCCACAGCAGAGCCUUUCAGCACUGGGAGUUACUUCAGCAAGACGCUUUUGAUCUAGAGAACUCAAGCCAAGAAAAAGAAAUCAUGAAGAGAAAAAAUCCCUAUAUUCUGAAACGGCAGCUACAUGUGAACAAAGCUAGAAGACCAUACAUACUCAAGAGAAGUUCAUAUUACUGAUGCAGCAGAAGAAAACAAUGUAUAUUUAGUUCAUAGGUAACUGUGCAUUAUGGUUAUCUUAUCUAAAUUUAAGAUCAUACUUGUGUGAAAAUAUACUCUGGAAAAUCAAGAUGAUAACAUAGCUGUGUCUUUUUUGCAAUUGCUGUUCUUGAUUGUGAAUUUUUCCUACUUGAGAUUAAUUGGACUGAUACAUUUGCGAAUAAAACUAGUUUUUAAGCAUGAUGUAUUGUACAAAACUGAGAUUUUAACAUGCUUUCAAACAA